AUGGAAUACCAGCUCGCCUCGCUGCGGCAGGAGUACAACGGCAUUGCGCGACGGCUGGAACGCAUGCUGGAGGUGAAGCACGAUCGCGACGAGGAGCUGCGCGCCGUAACGGACGCGACGGAGGAGAAGCUGCGCGAGGUGGAGGCGCAGAAGGCGGUGCGGCUUCGGCGUGAGGAGGAGCUGCGUAUGAUGCGGGAGGAGAUUGCCCAGCGCGUCGUCGCCGCCCAGGAGCGGCAGACAGUGAUUGAGCGGCUUAGCGAGGACAACGCCCGCCACGAAAUGGAGAUCAAACGCACCCUUGAUGAGACGGCCCGCCAGACGGAGGUCUACCAGCAGCUCUCACGGCAGCUGCACAACGUGAAUCGCACCUGCCAGUCUCGCAACGAGGAGAACGACGCGCUGCAGCGGCGCAUGAACGAGCUUAUGGAGGAGCUGAAACACAAGGAGUCGGUGCUCGACUCCGUCAGCCGCGCCCACAGGCGGGAGCUGAAGUUGUUGGAGGCUGCCACCCGGCGCACUGCGGCGAUGGAGGGUCGGCGUGCGGAGGCGGAGGCGGCAUGUGCGGCACUGCGCGAGGAGUUGGAUCUUCUCAACGACGAGUUCGGGGCUGCCGUGCGGGCCGACGAGGCUGACGAGCGGCGUAUUGCCGCACAGGUACGGGAACUCGACGUGCUACACAGCAACGUCCUUGACGCCGCGGAGAAGGCGCAGCAGCAGAACCUGUGGCUUGCAGAGCAGCGCACGGAGGCGCACCACCUGGAGCACGAGCUGCGCUCCUACGAGGAGCAGGCGCAGCGGCAGAACGAGGUGAUCUACAAACUCACCCGCGAGUGCACUGGAUACGAGGAGCACAUGAAGAUCGCCACUCUUCAGUGCGCCCGCAUUAUGACGGAGGUGCAGGACCGCGAGGCGCAGCUGGCCGUCGCUCUCGACGAGGUGAAGGACGUGGAGACCAGGCUGCACCAGCAGCAAAUGCUGCUGGAGGCCAUCCUCAACGAGCGGAAGACGUAUGCCAAGCACUACGCGCAGAUCCGCGGCAGUGCGACGGAGAUGGCGCGGGGCUUCAAGCUUAUGCUGGCGCAGAUUAAGCAGUUACAAGAGGAUGUGGGGCGCCGUGAGCGACGGUUGGCCAUCGAGGACGGCGGGAUCGAGGCCCUCGUGAAGCAGCGGCGGGACCUGGAGGCGCAGAUCUCCGUCCUCCACCUGCGCACCGACAAGCGGGCCUGCUCGGUGCGGCAGUACGCGCAGGAGGUGCGCCACCUUAGCGACGUCUUUGUAGAGGGCGAAGAUGAAGUAGGCCGCCAACGCCGCCGUCUCCGAGACGUGCAGAAGGAACGUGAUUUUCUCGACAAUCAGGUGUACGCCGCUAGCGAGGAGUUGACGCAGCUCUACGACAAGGCGCGGGUGCAGCAGGCGCUGCUGCAGCGGGGCGAGUCCAUCUGCGCAGAGCGGCUGCAGACCAUCGAUGAACUGCACCACCGCAUCGCGCAGCUGACGGAGGAGGUGGGGCGACUGAAGCUCUUUGUGCAGCGCCUUCCAGAGCUGCGGCGCCUCGUCAACGGCGCCUCGCGGGAACUUGUGCGAGAGCAGAACCGCGUGCAAGCGCUGUUGCACGAGUGCGAGCGGCCCAUGAACCUGCACCCGAACCACCAACUCGCCUCGUCGGACCCGGAGGCGUACGCCCUGACGGCGAAGGUGAACAAGCUGCAGCGGGAACUCAUUGCGCGGCGCACGGAACUGACGGAGAAGGAGCAGCGCAUCAAACAGCAGGAGACAUCGUACCUGCAGUGCAAGGCGACCGUGGCGCGCCAGCUCGGGCCGGAGAUAGCGGAGCAGAUUACGCUCUACCAAGGCAACCUGGCAAAGAAGGCGGGGCAGAUGCGGGCGAUGAUGGCGAGCCUCAAGUACUUCCGCGAGCAGACGGAACUUUACCAGGCACGCUACAAUGAACUCCGCGACACGCUGGACGGAUUUGCGCAGAAGUACGUUGAGACCAGGCAGCGCCGCGACCGCGAGGCACGGCGCGAGGCCUCCGAGAGGAAUGGCUACGACGAAACGGAGCCACUGCGGCGGCUCGAACAACCGGAGGAGUAUGUAGGCUACAUUGCCCCUCCACGCGGUGACGAUCACUCCACAACUGCGGCUCACGACGCCCCUAGCGGUGACAACAGCGGCGGCCUCAACCAUGAGGGUGACGACGAGCGUCCCAAGAUGGAGGAGGGAAGCGGAGGAGCGGAGUUGGCCAUGUGA